CCCCUCCUUCCCACUGCAGGGAAUAGUCAAAUGAGGGUGAACCACAAAGUGAAAGUAUUUCCCCCAAGUGAUAGUAUUUUCUUGGCUCAACAGACUUGCUAUGAGGACUGGGGCUAUAGGGAGUUUGGAAUAUAAUGGUGUGAACCUUUUCCUGUGGAGAGACCACUGUUUCUCAGAACCCCUGUUUGUUUUUCUACUAAGGAGAAAGGCCCUAACAUGGCAUUGGUCUUCAGCUUGUCCACUCUCAUGUUUCUCAUCACUGGGACUGAGACAUGCAAAAGUCUAAGUCAGGGCCCAGAGUUGAAGCAGGUCAUCCAGGACUCUGGGAAGGAUGCAGUCCUAGAGUGCUCUGUGAACUUCAAUGGGAAAUCUCCUGGUAAUGUAAACAUAGAGAAGGUCGUGUGGUGGAGGCUGGACCAGAAUGGUCUUCACAAAGGUGAACCUGUGUUCAUAUACAACCUAUCCAAUCAACAAUCCUCCAAUCCCAGGAUGCCACUGAGCCCAAAAUAUCAGCUUCCCAUGCCACCUGCCAAUGAGAAAGACAAAGUUGUGUCCCUGUUGGUCAAAGAAACCCAGCCUGAAGAUGAGGGUCUGUAUGAGUGUGUGGUGAACACUAACAGUGGAAACACAAAUUGUAACUUCAUGCUGAAUGUCACAGUGUUACAGUACGAGACCAGCACUGAAAAUGCUGCGAAUCAACAGGAUAUUCCAAAGAACAGUUACAUGAGUGUGGCUGCUGUAUGUGUGGCAGUAGGCUCUCUUGCCAUUGGACUGCUGCUUCUCAAGCUGUUUCAAGCCAGAAGACUCAGACAAGGUUGAGGAGUGCCAGCAGGCAAACAAUGGAGACUGCCCCGAGGAACCUGAAAAGAAGGAGCAGAAGGAGGAGGCACCACAGCCCUCUGCCCCCUCGGGAGUUGCCGCCAACGCAGCCGCCCCCUCCGGCCGAAGAAACCCCCCAGGG